CUCUCUCCCCCCCCCUCCCCUCCCCUCCGAGUGUCAAAUUGGGCACUCGCAGUUAUAUGUCGGAGUGUGGAGAACUCAAUGAUUCUUCCACGCUAAAACCCUCUUUCCUCUAGACGACUCCUAGGCUCAGCGGUGGCGAUGGAGCCAGACGUGAGCAUUGAGACCAGUUGCAAAAUCAGAAUCGCAAUCCUCCCGAUCGGGUCCAUCCCGUCCGCUCGCUUCCGCGAGUACGCUUCGAUGCUCAUCCGCCAUCACAAGAUCGAUCUCUCCACAAUCAGUUCGUUCUACACCGAGCACCAGAAGAGCCCCUUCUCCAACCAGCCCUGGGACUCCGGCAGCCUACGCUUCCAAUUCAUGAUCGGUGGCUCACCGCCCAGCCCCUGGGAGGACUUCCAGUCCAAUCGUAAGAUCCUUGCCGUCAUUGGCAUCUGCCAUUGUCCGUCUUCUCCCGAUCUCGGCUCCGUCAUCGAUCAGUUCUCCGUCGCAUGUAAGAGCUACUCGUCCUCGCUCGUCCAGCGCUGUUUUGCUUUCUGCCCAAGUGAUUCUCAGCUAGAGGAUGAUAGCAGAAAUGAGGGUAACUUAGUUCUCUUUCCGCCUGCUGAUCGUCAAACCCUGGAGAUCCACUUGCUCACAAUUAUGCAAGAUAUUGCAGCCUCAUUGCUGAUGGAAUUUGAAAAGUGGGUUCUUAAAGCUGAAUCUGGUGGAACCAUUCUCAAGACACCUUUAGAUUCUCAAGCCAGUCUCAACUCAGAGGAGGUAAUUAAGGCAAAAAAACGGAGACUUGGCCGUGCACAAAAAACUAUUGGGGAUUAUUGCUUAUUGGCAGGCUCGCCUGUUGAUGCUAUUGCCCAUUAUUCUACAGCACUUGAACUUGCCAGGUUGACUGGGGAUUACUUUUGGUUUGCUGGGGCUCUGGAGGGCAGUGUUUGUGCCUAUCUGGUUGACCGGAUUGGCCAGAAGGACCCCGGUCUAGAUGAGGAGGAGGUUAAGUACCGGUACAAAAGUGUCAUCUUGCACUACAGGAAGUCAUUUAUACAAGACAAUGCUCAGAGAGUAUCCCCUCUAAGCUUUGAACUUGAGGCUACAUUGAAGUUGGCAAGAUUUCUUUGCAGGCGAGAACUGGCCAAGGAGGUAGUGGAAUUGUUGACAGCCGCUGGAGAUGGAGCUAAAUCUUUGAUUGAUGCCAGUGACCGACUAAUAUUAUAUGUUGAAGUAGCCCGUCUUUUUGGAACUUUAGGAUAUCACCGGAAAGCUGCUUUUUUCUCAAGGCAAGUAGCACAGCUGUACUUCCAACAAGAAAAUAGAGAGGCUGCUACCAGUGCCAUGCAAGUGUUGGCAAUGACGACAGAAGCAUAUCGUGUUCAAAGCAGAGCAUCUAUUCCUAAAAGUUCUCUUCCAAAUGAAACAGGAUCAAUUCAUGCUGAUUCUGGGAAAGUGCAUCAUCAUUCCAUAGUCUCACUAUUUGAGUCACAGUGGAGCACAUUGCAGAUGGUUGUGCUAAGAGAGAUCCUGCUAUCUGCUGUCCGAGCUGGAGAUCCUCUUGCUGCAUGGAGUGCAGCUGCACGACUUCUUCGAUCCUACUAUCCUCUAAUUACUCCAGCUGGACAAAAUGGUCUUGCAAGUGCACUUGCAAAUUCUGCAGAAAGGCUUCCUUCAGGAACUCGCUGUGCUGAUCCUUCCUUACCUUUUAUCAGGUUGCAUUCAUUUCCUCUCCACUUCUUACAAAUGGACAUUGUAAAACGCCAUCCAGCAAGAGAAGAUUGGUGGGCGGGAUCAGCUCCCUCAGGACCAUUUAUUUAUACACCAUUCAGCAAAGGAGGGACAAAUCAUACCAGUAAGCAGGAACUGAUCUGGGUUGUUGGAGAGCCAGUCCAGGUGUUGGUGGAAUUGGCCAACCCUUGUGGCUUUGAUUUAAUGGUGGAUAGUAUCUAUCUGUCGGGGCAUUCUGGAAACUUUGAUGCUUUUCCUAUCAGUGUAAAUCUUCCACCUAAUUCUUCAAAGGUGAUCACCUUAUCAGGCAUUCCAACUAAAGUUGGACCAGUGACAAUUCAUGGAUGCAUAGUUCAUUGUUUUGGCGUUAUUACUGAGCACCUUUUCAAGGAUGUAGACAACUUGCUACUUGGAGCAGCACAAGGUCUUGUGCUCUCUGACCCUUUCCGCUGUUGUGGAUCUGCAAAGUUGAAAAAUGUCUCAGUUCCAAAUAUUUCAGUGGUACCCCCAUUACCAUUGCUAGUGUCACAUGUUGUAGGAGGAGACGGAGCUAUAAUUUUAUAUGAAGGUGAGAUUCGUGAUUUGUGGAUCAGUCUGGCCAAUGCUGGGACAGUUCCAGUUGAGCAGGCACAUGUUUCUUUGUCAGGAAAAAACCAAGACUCUGUUUUAUCCAUCCCGUAUGAAACUUUAAAAGGUGCUCUUCCCCUGAAACCUGGUGCCGAAGUGACAAUACCAGUAACCUUAAAAGCCUGGCAGCUUGGUUUGGUGGAUAGUGACACUGCUAGCAAAAAUUUAUCUGGAAGCACAGGGAGGCAAGCUAAGGAUGGAAGCAGCCCAAUGCUGUUAAUUCAUUAUGCAGGGCCAUUGGUGAAUUCUGGAGAACCACCUACAGAUGUUGUUGCCCCUGGUAGACGCCUGGUCAUUCCUUUGAACAUUUGUGUUCUGCAGGGCUUGUCAUUUGUGAAGGCUCGGUUGCUGUCCAUGGAAAUUCCUGCACAUGUCAGCGAAAAUCUGCCCAAAUUUCUUAAUGUGGAGAAUGGUUCUUCAGAAAUCACAGCUUGUGCUUCUUCUGAAAAUAGGACAGAUAGAUUAGUAAAGAUUGAUCCUUACAGGGGGAGUUGGGGACUGCGCUUUCUUGAACUUGAGUUGUCUAAUCCAACCGAUGUUGUGUUUGAGAUUAGUGUUUCUGUCCAGCUGGAGAAAUCUACUGAUACAGACAGUUCUUGUGUUGAUAGUGAUGCGGCUGAGUUUGGUUAUCCUAAAACAAGAAUUGACAGGGAUUAUACUGCAAGGGUCUUGAUACCUCUAGAGCAUUUUAAACUGCCCGUUCUGGAUGGUUCCUUAUUUCUCAAGGAUUCCCAGAAUGGGGAUACCGCAAGAAGUCUGAGCUUCUCAGAGAAGAGUGCCAAGGCUGAGUUGAAUGCUUCUAUCAAGAAUUUAAUUUCUAGAAUCAAGGUCAGAUGGCAAUCUGGGCGGAACAGCUCAGGAGAAUUAAAUAUUAAGGAGGCAAUACAAGCAGCUCUUCAGACAUCCGUCAUGGAUGUCCUGCUUCCAGAUCCAUUGACAUUUGGCUUUAGGUUUGCUGAAAACCAUACACGGCCUGCUAAACUAAGUUCACUUAAAUACUCACAGACUGAAGUUCACUCCGAUUCAUCUAGAAGUUCUGUACUGGCUCAUGACAUGACUCCUAUGGAAGUUCUGGUCCGCAAUAACACUAAAGAAACAAUAAGAGCAAGUCUUAACAUUACCUGCAGAGAUGUAGCUGGAGAGAAUUGUGUUGAGAGCGACAAGGCAACUGUCUUGUGGGCAGGUGUUUUGACUGGUGUCACCAAGGAGGUUCCUCCCCUUCAGGAGAUUAAACAUUCAUUCUCUCUGUAUUUCCUGGUCCCUGGCGAGUACACUCUGUUAGCGGCUGCUGUGAUCGAUGGUCCCAACGACAUUCUCAGAGCUCGCGCAAAAGCUAAUUCUUCUGAUGAGCCGAUAAUCUGUCGUGGUCCUCCCUUCCAUGUCCAAGUAAACGGGACUGCACAAACUUAGGUCAUUUCUUGGAAACCCAACAAACACGUCAGCUCAUUCUAAAGCCAAGGAAGCUUCGAGUCCUCCUGCGGAUCCAUGAGGAAGGCAGCUGCUGCUCAGAAGCAGCCAAGCCAAGCCAAGUUCUGAAAACAUUCUUCAUUUUACCCGGCCAUUGCCAUUCCCAAACGUCGCUUAUCUUAUUGUGCCUCUUUCAAAGUUUCAUUACCCUCUUACCAGAUGUACAUUAGGAUUCUUCUAGACAUGUGUUGUAAAUCCAUAUUCAAGGCAUCGUUGUGUUGUAAAAUAAAUGUUUUUUUGUUCCUUCAAUUGGGUGUUCUGAAGA